UCUUCGCCAUAUUUGUUUACAUCUUCACAAGUCAAGCUCGGACUGACACGAAAAUUCUGCUAUGCUUGUAUUUCCCGAAGAAAAACUAAGCAGACUUCACAAGUACACAGUUUUCCUUGGAGAGUCAGCCAAGUGACUCGCUUGUGAGUGGCGCGUAAUUAACCACAGCGACAAAUACAUUUUGGCAGCGCCACAAACACUGUGCCUGGGGAUCCUUGCCUCACUCCUCACUCAUGAUGUCCAGAUUUGUCCAUAAAGGCAAACCGGUGACUGACCGGCCACGCUUUCGUCCCAUGGAGCUCACGUUACUUCCUCGUGAGCGUACCACUAGUACCAGCAGUCUUAAUGAGGAUGGCACAAAACGCAGGUCUUCUUCCAGAGCUAUCAAACGCCCAAAAUUUGAUGAUGAACUUGUUGAAUCAAGCCUAGGAGGCCAAGGGUCUACUCCACUUAACAAGAUUCGAACACGCAAUCCAUCACUAUCCACUGCAUCAGAUUGCUCAGUGUCUCUACCUCCAACUCCCUCAGUCACAUCUGAUGUCAGAAAGCGUUUGUCAUCAAAAUCUUCGAGUAAGAGAGCAAGAAAGGGCAGAGGAUCACAAUCAAUUGUCACUAAAGACUUAGGACGGUGGAAACCAACAGAUGACCUUGGCUUGAUUAUUGGAGUGCAGCAGACUUGUGACUUGGUUACUGUCCACAGAGGUGUAAAGUUUUCCUGCAAGUUUACUUUAGGAGAGGUCCAGGAGCGGUGGUAUGCCCUGCUUUAUGAUCCCACAGUGUCAAGAAUUGCUCAACAAGCUAUGAAAAAUCUACACCCUGACCAGAUCCAAGCAGUGCAAUCCAGAGCUCUUUACAGCAAGGCUGAAGAGGAACUUUUAGGAAAAAUUAAAUCAAAUUCAAAUCCAACACUUCAAACUUUCGAACAGAACCUAAAGGAAAAUCCCCAUAUAUUUUUUCCAGCACGUUCUGCUAAAUCACUUUUUGCUCACUGGCAACUACUGAAACAGUAUCACCUGCUGCCAGACCAGUCUGUUCAACCUCUCACUAAGAACGGGCCAGUCAAGGAUUUUGCUGAAGCUGAGCAGCAGAUCCAUGACUCAGAACUGUAUGAGAGCAGUGAUGACCUGCUGGAGCAUGAACUAGGGGUGGCCAGCCGGGGAAGUAAGCGAGAGAUUCGUCUCUUGGAAGACCAAGUCUCCAAAUGGCAGGUUUUGGUUGACACUGUCACAGGAAUUUCUCCUCCAGAGUUUGACAACCAGACACUUGCUGUACUUCGUGGUCGAUUAGUAAGGUACCUCAUGCGCUCGAGAGAAAUUACUUUAGGACGCAAAGCAUCUGGUGUAAAUGUUGAUGUGGAUCUCUCCUUAGAGGGCCCAGCCUGGAAAAUAUCUCGAAGACAAGGAAUCAUAAAAUUACGCAACACAGGUGACUUCCUGGUUGCUAAUGAAGGCAAGAGACCAAUCUAUGUGGAUGGCAAACCUGUGCUUGCUGGGAACAAGACAAAGCUGAAUAACAAUUCUGUGGUAGAGAUUGCAUCGCUAAGGUUCAUAUUCUUAAUAAAUCUUGACCUCAUCAAUGUCAUUCGUCAAGAAACUGCCAAACUUAGUGGUCACUGAUGAUAGAUUAAAAUGUAAUAGUUCUUUUAAAGUCCAAGUACCUUGAAAUUUGAAAAUUUGGCAAUGUUGGUGAUCAAGAAAUUAUAAUGAUUGUAAUUUUAUACCUUAUUGAUACAUAGACGUACAAGUCCUUCUUUGUAUCAGGUUUUUUUUUUUUUUAUUUCACUUGAUGAUAGAAUAUGAAAAUAGCUAUUGUAUGAAGACUGAUAAACCAAUCAUAGUAUAUUAAUUUUUGAAAAUAUUCAAAUGUACCUUUGUACCUGCAACAUAUUAAAAUUUUUCACUUGAACAAA